AUGAUUUACCUUUACACAGAAAACUGCACUAAAGCCCGAAUUGUAUUUAUUUAUUUAUGUAUUUAUUUAUUUACACUAACAGUUGUAUUUAUUUCAGCAGAUAAACCCAAGGUGUAUCAGGGUGUGAGAGUGAAGGCAACGGUCAAAGAGCUUCUGCAGAAGCGGAGAGCGCUUGAGGCGGCAAUAAAAACCACAAAGGUAUCUCAAAGUCCGGCGACUCAAGACUUUCAUUCCCCAUCAUUUCCUGCCUAUCACUUUGACGUUUGCCCUGGGAACUCCAUGCCAGACAGCAACAGUUUCCAGCCGCAACAAUACACAGACAACAUUUGUAAUAUCCCUUUAGAGACCAGUCCGUUCGACAAUCAGCAGUUCAUUAAUAUGAUGCUGCCGCCAGAGAAUUUCAGCAACAGCUCACUUCCAGCGGCGUCUUCCGCGCAGUAUUGGACUCACGGACAUUUUCCGUCGAACUCUGACUACUACAACCAAGGAAUGGCUUCCAGCUCUCCCUCAGAUUCCAUGAACAUCACCAGUCCAAUAGAUUACAACAGCUAUUCCCCUCCUCAAAGCUACUCCUCUUCCUCCUCGUGCUACAGCUCUCCCACGCGAAUGGACUCCAGUUACAGUUUGGUCCCCGAGUGUUAUCAUUACCAGCACUGCAGCCCACAGCACUGCUACUGUGUGUCACAUUGGCUAGGUCCCCAGGAAGACUUCACAAAUCUCGAAUACACGAAUUAUGGGACACCAGACUCUGCCUUCACGUCAGCAGUAGAAGAGAGCUACUUCAGAAGGGACAGGCCAUUGUCCAGCUCUGAGAUGUGUUACCUUUAAGACAUUUUUACCUGUCACAUUCCAUAUUUUUGUUGUGUCUAUAAACCAAUCUGUUCGAGGAGUUGUUGUUGAAACAUUUUUUUUUAAAUCAAAUUUGAAUUUUUUGAGGUCCUCUCAGAAGUUUUGUUGACCUGCCUCUGGAUUGAACAAAUGAAUGCAAUGCACUUGUAUAAUAUUCUGGCUUUUGUUGACUUAUUGAUAUUUUUUCACCAAAUGAUUGAAAACAUUGUGGAUAUUUCCAAUUUUGAACAAAACACAAGCAUAGAUUUCUUUAAAAAAUAAAAAUAUAUAUUUGUAA